UGGGCGGUUACAAAUGGUAUCNCUGAUCACGUCGUCCUUGAUCUUUUCCUGGAAACAUUAAGGGCUGGAAAGUUAAACGAGAGGGUUUUAAAGUUGUUCGUGGCAACUGGAAAAGAUGAAGUUCUUUCGCUCAUCGAGGCAUUCAAUAUCCAGCAAAUUGUCACCCCUGUUCUUCCUACCAGGUGUUCAGAAAAAUUCUAGGAUUCAGUGAUAAAACUUCUGCUGGUUCUUUUAAGGAGACUUGCCAAUCUUUUCUUAUCUUUUUUUAAUUAUUAUCACAAAUCAUUGUUUUUAUUUUCUUGAGAAGUUUUAAAGAUGUCCCAGCUUAAUAUUAUGGAUAGCGAGGUCGACAUUGUGGUCGGAGCGCUCCACUCUGAUCUGACUUCAUUUAUGAAUGAAUGGAAGCCUAUUUUCUCCCAAUACCA